AUGUCUAUGUCUAACGCCAACUUCCCUAUGGACGCCGAAGGUCGUACCUACCACGUCGGAGUCAAGCGUGGAGAGCUCGCCAACAGGAUCAUCACAGUCGGAGACCCCGCCCGCGCCAUUGUCCUCUCCCGCACCCUUGAUGGUGUCGAUCCCUCCGCCCCUGUCAAAUCUAUCUCGGCCAACUUGUUCAGCCAUGCCUCUCACCGUGGGUUCUUGACUAUCACUGGACGCUAUAAGGGUACCCCCGUCUCCAUUGUUGCUAUCGGAAUGGGAGUGUCGAUGAUGGACUUUUUCGUGCGCGAGUGCAGAGCUGUGGUUGACGGACCCAUGACUAUCAUCCGUCUGGGUUCCUGCGGUUCCCUUUCCGACGCCAAGGUCGGUGACAUCUGUGUCCCUUCCUCCUCCUACCUCGUCCAGCGCAACUACGACUACUUUGCCGAGGAUUCCUCUGCCUCCUCUGCAUCGCCUUAUAUCCUCUCAAAGAAGUUCGAUGCCGACCCCGAAGUCACUGCGACACUUGUCAAGAACAUGAGCGCACAGUUGGGCGACAACCACGUCUGGAAUGGCAUCAACGCCACUGCUGAUUCGUUCUAUUCCUCCCAGGGUCGCCAGGACGAGAACUUUGUCGACAACAACCAGGAGCUGUUUACUGAGUUGGUCAAGUAUGAGCCCGGAACCCUUACAUUGGAGAUGGAGACGUUCUUGUUGUACCAUUUGGCCAGGACAUCGACUGUUGCACCCCUGAAGGAGGAGUCGAAGGUGAAGGCUGCUGCGACUUCGAACAAGCAUUCGAUUCGUGCGGGUGCUUGCAUGAUGGUUUUCGCUCAGCGCAAGUCGAACGAGUUUAUCUCCAAGGAGGAUGUUGCCCGUGUCGAGCCCCUUGCUGGAAAGGCUGUCUUUGAUUCUCUGGUCGAGGUUUCCUUGGGUGACGAGAGUGAGCUCCAUGCUACCGAGGGCAGUGUCUGGGCUUUGUAA